GAACGACGGAGUUAAUGAUUGUUUCAUCAUCUGUGGGUCUAUUCUUCUGCACUAGGAAGUUAAGGGGAGGUGCCAUACCGAGGUGACAUGACUUUGCUUCACGAAUGUAACAAUUAGGCGAACCUUGAUGAAAUCAGAUUGGUUGCAAUUAAUAUGCGGCGGCAGAACGCAGUUGGUGCGUGUAGCCUAGUUCUGCAGCCACAUCCAGUUUAAUAAUUUCAUUGAAGAAGAUGAUUUAAAUUGAGAUUCAGUAGUCGAUUUUGUGCUAAUUUGAAGGCAACCAGUGAUAUUCGUUUCAAAUGAAAUGGCAGUUUAUUUGCUAAAAUUUAAAGGGCAGAAUCUGGGAUUUGCGAGGGAAUGCUGAAUUGAUUGGAGACCAUCGGAAUUGCCCGCCCUGUGUGCAGGCACGGAAUUUUCACGCGCUGUUCUAGCAAUCAAACAGCUGAACAGCCUUGUCUCGGCGGCACGUGCAAACCGUCCGCUCCACCACUUCCCAUCUGCGCUCCGGGCACUUCAAAUAAGGACCGCGUCCCGAGCCUAUUCUAUGUGAAGCUGCGAAAACGGGCAAUUCCUUCGGUCUCUCCCGUCUGCAGUGAGGCAAGGACGAAAAGUCACGGUUUGGCCGAGCUGCAGCCAUGGACCAGGAUGAGAACAAGAGCGUCUCGAAAAAGACCAUAAUCGCAAAGAUUUUCAAAGUUCGCAAGAGGAGAGAGAUGCUUUUCGUGCAAGUGUGUUUUCUCUGCAGUGUCCUCUUCAUGGCGUGGAGCAUGUCAGCACUUCUGACAAAGACAGGCCAUGGAAUGAUCCAGGAGAAUGGACACGAGAAGCACGAACAUUGGGGAAGGAGGCUCAUGGGACAUGAACCCGACAACGACAAUGAGACAGAGUCGAAGAACUGCACAGAGCCAGCGAUCAAGGAGUUCCCUGAAGACCUUUUCACCAACAACGAGCGCAAGAGUGGGGCCGUCCUGCUGCACAUAGUGGCGGCCCUCUAUAUGUUCCUGGCCCUGGCUAUAAUCUGUGAUGACUACUUUGUGACAUCGCUGGAGAAGAUCUGUGAGAAACUAGACCUAAGUGAGGAUGUUGCCGGAGCCACUUUUAUGGCAGCUGGGAGUUCUGCUCCAGAGCUGUUUGCCUCUGUCAUUGGUGUCUUCAUCACCCACGGUGACGUGGGGGUUGGGACAAUCGUUGGCUCAGCUGUCUUUAAUAUCCUGUGCAUCAUCGGUGUGUGCGGAAUCUUCGCAGGACAGGUCGUAAUGUUGGGUUGGUGGUCUGUUUUCCGAGAUUCAUUCUACUACAUCUUGUCUAUCCUAGCUCUUAUUGCAUUCAUUUACGAUGAGAAGGUGGUGUGGUGGGAGAGCCUGGUGUUGGUGCUCAUGUACUGUGGAUACAUCCUCAUCAUGAAGUUUAACCAGAGCUUGCAGAAGUUGUUCACGGGGAAAGGGGGUAAAGACAAGAACCAGGCCAACGGUAACGCUGCGGCCAGCAGCGAGAUGGAGGAUGGUAAUACAGCUUGUUAUGGGGCUGAUGACCCCUCAUUACCUAUACUCAGCACAGCAGCAGUUAAGCCCAGUAAGGCUUACAGUCGUGGCUCUGUGGUCAUGGUCGAUGAGAUUAUGCACGCCAGCCCUCCCAAGUUACGCUUCCCAGAGGCCGGCCUCCGCGUCAUGGUCACCAGCCAUUUUGGACCAAAGACCCGGCUGCGCAUGGCCAGUCGCCUCAUCAUCACUGAGCGUCAGAAGCUGGUCCAGGGUGCCAACGGGGUGGAGACACAGGUUCUGGAGGGGAAGGUGGACAUUGAGAAUGGCAACGUGCCCGAAGACAAACCAGCAGAGGAGGAGCAGGAGAAUGAAACCAUCUCCCCCUUUCAUAUCCCUGAUGGCAUCGGCAGCAAGUGCAAGUGGUUGAUCUCGUGGCCCCUGCUGCUCCUCCUGUUCUUCACCAUCCCCAACUGUGCCAAGCCUCGCUGGGAGAAGUUCUUCAUGGUCUCCUUCUUCCUUUCUACCGUCUGGAUCGCUGUCUUCUCCUACUUCAUGGUCUGGAUGGUCACCAUCAUCGGCUACACCCUUGGCAUCCCAGAUGUCAUUAUGGGCAUCACCUUCCUGGCAGCCGGUACCAGCGUUCCAGACUGCAUCGCCAGUCUCAUUGUUGCUCGGCAAGGACUGGGUGACAUGGCAGUGUCCAACACCAUCGGCAGCAAUGUGUUUGAUAUCCUGGUUGGGCUGGGCGUUCCCUGGGCACUACAGACCAUGGCGGUCAGCUACGGCUCCGAGGUCAUGAUCAACAGUCGAGGACUGGUCUACUCUGUGGUGUUGCUACUGGGAUCUGUGGCUUUGACGGUGGGGGGGAUCCACGUGAACCACUGGAAGCUGGAUCUGAAGCUGGGUAUCUACACGCUGGUCCUCUACGCCGUCUUCCUGUGUUUCUCCAUCAUGAUCGAGUACAACGUGUUCACCUUCGUCAACCUGCCCAUGUGCAUGGAGGAGUAGCUGAACCAUGCCCCCCUCAACAAGGAAGCUCCUCCCUCAACCCCUAACGGCAACCAAUCACAAUCGACUUUCCUCAUCCUCCACCACGUUACUGAAGCUGUCCUGUCUGACAGGUCACCUGUCAUUUUCAUAACUGACUUGUUGACCUCUUGAUCUGAUCCUGGUCUUUAAAUGUUUUCUUUCCCUGUGCUUGGACUCACUUUCCCAUGAGGCUUUGUUCUGAGGAGUGGACAGACACAUUAAACGAACUGGACCCAUUUUCCAUUCCCCCAUCCACACGAUCUGUAGUCUUACUGGCUUUCCUUAGCAUUCCCCCACAGGCUCUAGAAUCAACCCUACAGUAGUCUUCCUCUUACAAACAACCCAAACAUACCUCUGUCCAAGUUAGGGUUAGUCCGAACCCUCAACAUUGACCCUCACCCCUUCUCCUACUCUUCCCCCAUCCAAACUUCUCCUCUUCUCAUCCCCACCCCACCGAUCCACCCAAAGACCCUACGGAGAAUACACAACCUCUCCCCAAAACUCUACCUCUCCCCUGAAUCCUGCUUGUACCCUCAACCUGUGGAGGGGGAACUCUCCUCCUCCUCUUUCAGACCUGGACCCCUCUGACAUAGUCCGAACUUUGACUUUUCCCAGAUUGCUUCGUCCCACCCCUCUGCAGCAGACACUCAUUUUUCACUCCUAUCUACUCUAACUUUUCUCUUCUCUCCAUCAACUCUUAAAGACAUUUUGUCAGGAAGCUUUGUGUCUCUGACAACCAGAAAAGUGUCAUGUAUAUUUGCAGCACAAUGGAAAACUUGUGAAUAUCUUUUUUCUUUUCUUGUUUUUGUAUUGUAUUUUUUUGUUUUAUAGAGUUUAAAAAUUACUACAAAAUACUUUUGAGAGCUUGUUGCAAUCACAAAGGACAUUGCCUGUUUCACAGUAAUGAAUUAGCACACAGAGAAAAUACUUCUCUUGUAAGGACAUUUGGCUCCCCCUCGAAGGGAGGCGUCUGGCUCAUGGUGGCAACUCCAAAAUUCGUGGUGCUGAAAUUUCAGCUCUUUUUUUUUUCUUCUUGUUCUGAGAUAUCACACACACACACACCCUCAGACUGCACAACACUGAAGAGAAAAAACACCUGCUCCAGAGUUGGGAGAAAUCUUCUGGACGGUGUCCAUAUUCGGACGUCUUUGGACUGUAGCAUGUAUAGUGUUACAGAUGGGAUAUUCAGUCUGUUCUUCUGUCUGCUCGACCCCUUUUGACCACCAGGGGGCAAUGUCCCCUCACUCUGAUCUAUCUGCAUGGCAGGUGGUCUCAAGCAACCACAGCCGUUUGGUUAUCAGGGAAUAUCUGGAGCCUCCGCAGAUCCAGUAGGGGGCGACAUAGGUGUUCUCUCUCUGAAUUACAUGUAGAUAUUGCACUUUAAAACAAGCAAAGCUGUCCUCCUACUUUCUGAAUCAAAUAGUGCUUCCUGUGUGUGUGUGGGGGGGGGGGUUGUGUAUGUACUGUACUGUGUGUUUGUGUGAGGGCAUGACGAGGGUGCGUGCUGACUUGCAGGCUCGCGCCCAGCUUGGUCUCACCGCCUCCCCCUUCCCUAAUCCCCUAUAGACUUGAACCUCUAACAUCGUGAGCACAUACCCAUUUCUGUCUGCAGUGCAAUGCAUGUUGGGACAAUAAAUGCAGGCUCCUCCAUGGCACGACCCCCCCCGGCGACCACUUUCUAAAUAAACGGCAGCUACAUGCUACUGCAAUCUAAGACAUUUGACAUCAUGCAAAAACACCUGCAGGAACUUAGUCUACAAUAAGCUGGAGAGACUUGCAUUGAUAGGGGAGUGUUAAAGAUGAGGACUUCUCUUUCCCUUUGUGUUGGCAGCAGGUACUUGUAUAUGCAAUCUCAACGUAAUAUGUGUUGGACUCUGGAGGAACUACAUUGGUGUUGCCAUAAUGUUAGUGGUUAAUAUGAGCUCACUGACCCGCUAAAGGACCGAGCCAGAGGACAUGGAGGAAAGGUUCUGGAACUGUAGAUUCUGUGUGUGCGGGGGAGUCCGACCCUCUGGUACAAGGGCAUUACUCAAUCACCAACUCUACCUGAGGAGCGGAGGGGAAGGACUCCUGCUGGGAAACAACCCCCCAGGUUGGCUACAGAUGGUUUAGUCCAGAAUCCUCUGAACUUUCUGGAAGUUUUCCUUCUCCAUGAAUGAACUUUGUGAGAUGAGAUCUCCACUCUGUAUGAAGGACCUGAGGAGCAGACAUUUUAGUAGCAGGACCCCUAAACUGCACCCCUGGGGGGGUAGACUCGCUAUGUUCAAGACUCUACUGCCCCCCGCUUCUUUAUCCUCCCUUCUCCUCAUCACACCCCGAUGCUCUCUCUGACCCCCCCCCCCCCACCGUUCUCGACUAUCAGUUUAUAGCAGUUACCCCCACUGCUCUGUAUAUACCCCAGUGGGUCUUUUCCCCAUAGAAGAAAGAGUUCUCUGCUAGUGCCAUUCUCAUUGUUGUCUUUGCAACGAUCACUGCAUUCUCAAUCUUUUCACUGGUUCUUAUUAACUGUACAUACAUAGAUAUUUUUUGAACGUAUGAUGCUCGCUUUUUGGGUCAAGAGUAUACCUGAUUUCCUUUGUACAUUUCCCUUUGUUUGUCUUGGUUUUGAGCGGUGGGUUUGGGUCUGUGUACAACACCUGUGUGGUCAUGUCCUUGGUCCAAUCCCCAAUGGACCCCUAGACCCUACGCCCUAGGUACUUGUGGCGAGUGUUUAACAGCUGUGUGGUCAUGUCCUUGGUCCAAUCCCCAAUGGACCCCUAGACCCUACGCCCUAGGUACUUGUGGCGAGUGUUUAACAGCUGUGUGGUCAUGUCCUUGGUCCAAUCCCCAAUGGACCCCUAGACCCUACGCCCUAGGUACUUGUGGAGAGUUUAACAGCUGUGUGGUCAUGUCCUUGGUCCAAUCCCCAAUGGACCCCUAGACCCUACGCCCUAGGUACUUGUGGAGAGUUUAACACCUGUGUGGUCAUGUCCUUGGUCCAAUCCCCAAUGGACCCCUAGACCCUACGCCCUAGGUACUUGUGGAGAGUUUAACACCUGUGUGGUCAUGUCCUUGGUCCAAUCCCCAAUGGACCCCUAGACCCUACGCCCUAGGUACUUGUGGAGAGUUUAACACCUGUGUGGUCAUGUCCUUGGUCCAAUCCCCAAUGGACCCCUAGACCCUACGCCCUAGGUACUUGUGGAGAGUUUAACACCUGUGUGGUCAUGUCCUUGGUCCAAUCCCCAAUGGACCCCUAGACCCUACGCCCUAGGUACUUGUGGCGAGUGUUUAACAGCUGUCAGUAAUUGCUCCACAUUGCUCAGAAGUUUCACCAUAUUGCGCUAAUACCAGUCAAAUCCUCUCAGAUCUCCACUAGUCUGUAGGGUCUAGGGGUUGCUUUAAAUUGGGCCCUCGGUGCCAGGUUCUGAGAGGUGACAACGGGUGUAUUCAUUAGUUAGACUGCUGCAAAAUGUUUUGAAACUGUUUACUUUAAACGGAUAAUGUUUUGCAACGAAAACAAGAGUUUCUAUUGGACAAAUUCAGGUAGGUCCCUCCCUGUUUGGUUCCUAGAGUAAACGGUUUCCGUUAAAGAAAUGUUUUGCAACCGUCAAAACGAUUUGUAACGGUCUGCAGCUAAUGAAUACACCUCACCACAGCAGGUCACACUGCUCUUACUGCUUGACUAUCCUAACUCAUCUAACACUCACACGCCACCGUGGAAUAGUUCUCUGGGCGAUCUGCCACAACUUUAUCACUGUUUAAAAAGAAGUAGAAUUCAGAUGCCAUAAAUGUCAUAGCUCUGCAUCGAAAAUACAGAUUGUAUGGAAACCAUGUUGUACAAAAUAAAAGUGCACAAAUCUACACACACCCUCCCCCCUAUGGCAAAAAUGACCAUGAACCUAAUUUAUAAUCUAGUAGUGUGAUUUUAAUUUAACUUUUCCUCAGUGUGUGUUGACUGUAUUGCUCUGUGUACUAAACUAUAGUUAAAUCAUCUCUUUAUAGCACACCUUGUUGAAGAAAAGUUAAUUGUCAAACUAACAGAUUAUAGAGGGUUACUGAAUUUAUUUUGCACUCGGCAACAAUUUGUUUGCACUAUGAAAAUGUUGCCCAUACACACACACACACACGUUCAAUAACUAUGACUUCUCAACACCAGAGUGGAGCCGUAUGUAAUUCUAUUGAAUGAAUGAAACGACCUGAUGCACUGUGAGCUCAAUGUGAUGUGGGAGUCAUUUGUCAACCAAUAAAAAUGAGACAUAAAACAUAGUGAUAAUAUAUUUAAUGUAAAGUUAGUUCAUAUGAAACAUUUAUCCAAAACAUCUGUAUAACUUAUAUGAAUGUAUUGUCUCGCUAUACUGGACAUAUCCAACCGAUGCAUUUUACUGUAAAGCAAUAACGUGAAAAAAUUAAAUUGCAAAAAGAAUUCCUGAA